CUGAAGCUGAUACUGCUAUUAUUGAAGACUAUGAAAUGGGGAAUUUAGUACCAGGUCUAAAGAAGAAAAAGUUCGUGACCAUCAACGAACUCGAGGAGAUAUGCGAAAUGGGAACAUUCAGUGACCGUUUUGAAAAAUUCAAACCUUAUCUACUCAACGCGGGUAUCGUUCUGUUUGUUGGAAUCUAUGUAUAUGCUGGAGCACUUCUCAUUCAAUACAUCGAAAGAAUUCCUGUCAAGGUAGAAGAAUCGUUCAGACUUCGACGGAACAGUCAAGAUGAUAUGCCAAUCAUUCCUUUGGACCGCUCAAAAGAAUGUGUACUACAAGCUCUUCGAAAAAUGUCACAAAUUUCAAAAGGCAACUGCUCACAACUUCACAACAACGUGAACCUUCUAGAGAACUGCUAUGCGUCAGAUCUUCAGAAACUAAAAACGAUUUAUGAUAGCUCAGAAGGGUCAAAAGCACCAGAACAACAGUCGGCGGUUGCUUUGAAGAAAUUUGUAAUCGUUGAUGGAUUUGAACAAUGGACAACCACAGAUGCUAUAUUGUUUUGUUUUACAGUUAUCACGACUAUUGGUUACGGAAACGUGGCACCACAAUCGUUUUGGGGUCGCGUAUUUGUCAUAAUUUAUGGAACAAUCGGAAUUCCAACUGCAAUGAUGGCUAUUGCAAAUGUCGGAAAAUUCUUGGCAACACUUCUCAAAUCAUGGACUCGACCGUUUUUACUUUUAUGUCGGAAAAUGAAAAAACGAAUGCAGAAAAAAGAUCAGAAUGGGAAUGAAAUUAAAGAAACACAGAGAUUAAUGGAAAGUUCAAAAAAGAAAGCAAAAAAGAUAGAGGAUGAUAUUUCGUCUCAUGAAGACGAAGAAGCAGAGGAAGAAGUAGAAGAGAGCGACGUCACCGAAACAAUUGUCUUGUUUGUGGCGUUCCUAGUCUACAUUAUCGCUGGUUCACUUUUGAUGAGUUAUUAUGAAGAAGGAAUGACAUUUGGACUUGCGAUAUACUUUAAUUUUGUAACACUCACCACUAUUGGUUUAGGUGAUUUAGUACCACAGUCUACAGAUUGGCUGUUUGUAACACUUGUAUACUGUGCAAUUGGUUUGGCGCUGACGACAAUUGCAAUUGAAAUUGCUGCUGACACUUUGAAAAAGUUGCAUUAUUUUGGAAGAAAGUUGGACAAUGUUCAAAAUGUGCAAAUUUGGUUUGGAGGUCAAAAAUUAUCCAUGAAAGCAUUGGUGAAAAAUCUGGGAGAUCAACUGAAUGUUCCAGUGGAAGAAUUGGAAAAUUUGGACCUCGCUAAAUUUGUCGAUGACGCAAUCAAAGUAGAAGCUGGAGAGUUGACAACACUGAGGAACGACCGUGCCUGGAUGAAUUCUAAUUAUUGGCGUGCAAUAGAAAGUGGUUCAAUGCACUACGUGGAUGAUGAUGAUCUUGUGACAUUACAGUCAAAUCUAUCAUGUGGCUCACAGCAAAUGCUCAUCAGAGUUCCAUACUCAAGAUCGACAGAUUCCCGAAUGAUUACUGUAAAUCAUGAGCCUUUGACAGAGACUUCGGAUGAAAACUUCAAACUUCAUAGUGUAAAUGAAGAAUACGAAACUGAACAGUUUCCAGAUAUUGAAGCUGAAAUUAUAGAUAAACCGGAAGUUAGCCAAAAUGAAGGAAUCCGAAAAAGUUCCCAAUGCAUUGAACUUCAGAAACUUCUGAAAGCUUUAAACGAUUUGAACAACGAAGUAGUGUCACAAGAUGGCCGAUGGAGUGAAGAAGCUAGACGGCGAUACCUGGAAUAUCAAAGGAUAUGGAGCAGGUUUAGAACUCCGAAACAUCAGUAAUUUAUUGAAUGGAUUGUAACGAAGAUUUUAUUUAUAUGUAUAAAUUGUGAUUUCCGUUUAAGAAUCGUUGUUUUGAUUUUAAAAUUUUUAAUUUUUACUGAUAUUUUUUGAUGCAGGAUUGUUUGAUAUAUGUAAAUUAAAAUGAAUUCAUGAAGCAAUUCAAA